AUGAGUUCGGCUGUUAUCACAUUGAACGAGCGCUUUGCGUUAUUUUCCGGUGAAGGACUGUCCAGAACGUCUAAUUCGCCGAACACACAUUCGUACCGAGGCUCACAAGCCAGCAGUCAGCUAAUCCAUCAGUUGGACCGCCGGUAUCAGCCCAUUCAUUCCGGUCAACGCUCGGAAGUUACCAUUAUGAAUGACUACUCCGAACGCGGUUCAAAUAUUCAAUCCCGCUUGGGGAGUAAUACAAGAACUGCACGAAACUCACGUGAUCCCAAUCGUUCUUCGCAGCGAGGAAAUAUGUCCAACAAUUUCCAUGGUCGUUCCACGUCCUAUCAUCGAUCACGUUCAAGUCGCCGCCAGUCACCUCGAGGCAGAGCUCGUAACAAUAGCCGUGCGAAUGGGGGCACCAUCGAUAAUCGGUCACGAAGCCGAAGAAAUGACAAUCCGAUCUACAACGGAAGCGUAAACGAACGGCUUGGUUCGAACCGUACUGCCACGCCAAUGGCAAGGCAAGCAUCCCGGGUUCGUUCCCAAUCUCGAGGACGGGUAGUGCCUCAAAACCGAAUUUCCAGUAGACAUCGUGAUCGUAACAGUCGUACAAAUGGCGGCACCAUCGAUAAUCGGUCCCGAAACCGAAAAACUGCAAGGCAAGUACCCCAGAGUCGUUCCCAAUCUCGGGGACGGGUUGCGUCUCAAAACCGAAUGGCCAGUAGACAACGUGGUCGUAACAAUCGUACGAAUAGCGACGCCAUCGAUAUUCGGUCACGAGGCCGUAAAAAUGACAAUCCGAGCCACAACGAACGGCUUGGUUCGAACCGUUCUGCUAGGCCAAUGGCAAGGCAGGCACGUCGGGGUCGUUCACAAUCUCGGGGAAAUCGAAUCGUCAACAAGAGAAGCAGUGGACAGCGUAGGUCAGCACCGACUAUGACUAAGGAAGAAUUAGAUAAAGAAAUAGAUGAGUAUAUGCGUCAAGUUCUCGAGUAG